AUGUGAAGAGACAGGAAGUAAAUGAUGAUUCCUUUUUAUUCCUUUUUGUUCUUUACGAUUUGUGUCGAGGGAUGAGUUCACCUCAAAAUGGCCCCAAAAACCGGAACGUGUUCCCUCAUUCUGCUGCUACUGCUGCUGGCAGAGUUUUCUGAAGAAAGAGGGCCGAUGUGUCAGUUGGUGGACUGUGCCUGGGGCCCGUGGAGCAGCUGGAGCGACUGUUCGGCACCCUGCGGGAACUCUGGUACCUGGACUCGGAACAGGGGGGUCGCCCAUCACGCUCAGUGUGGUGGGGUGGGCUGCGCGGGACCGAGCUCACAGACGGAGCCGUGUAACCGGUUCUGUUACAAUGGCGGGACUCCACUUACCUCUCACUGUGCGUGUGAAAGUGACCACUGGAACACCUGCUGUCAAUCAGCCUGUACUCCGAUCAGCCACUGCGCCAGUCUGAGCUGUACCCACGGCAGUAACCAGCAGUGUGUGCGGUGUGACGGAGACUUCGGGGUCCUGGGGCAGGCCUACCACAACCUGGGAACCAGCUGUAGAAAGGCCUGUUCGUGGCGUGAGGACAGCAACAGCUGUUACCCAGGGACCUGUGCCUCAGGUGUUCAAUCCUGCACCUGCGCACCUGGCUUUGGAGGGCCGCACUGUCGCACAGUCCUGCAGGCUCCAACAUUUCAUGACUGUUCCUAUGAACUAACAGGAAACAAUGGGAUUGCCACUUCACACGGCAGUUGCAGCCGCUCCAGUGAGGAUGGUGACGCAGCCCACAUCAACAUGGCGCACGUGGAGCGGAUCAGAGUCAGGUGGACUGCCACCUUCCAGCCUCCCAACCUCCCUGCCCCUCCUGUCUACGUAAAAAGCAUGGCUCUCGGCAUCACAGGAGGAAGCAUUGCUGUGUCAUUGCGAGACGAAACUGCUAAGACUGCUUCUGCCACCACAACCUGUAGCACAGCCAUAGGCAGAGGGACAGCAGAUGUACCAGAGCAGGGCGUGUUCACCUGUGAGGAGGACAUCUCGGUGGAAUGGACUGCCUCCAACGGACAAGGGAUCCAAAUCCUCCUGAUGGCCACAGCUGGAGGAAACGUUCACCUGUACGAUCGGGACAGCAACAGUGCAGUGAAGGUCAAGUACUUCACCGCUCUCCAAGCGAACCACACGGCUGACAUCAUCUUCAACCUCUUCAGGUUUGACCUCAAGCCUCCCAGACAAGGGAACAUAUCUUCACCAGAAGGCUGUACUGACAUCCCCUGGGUCCUGUACGGCGGGCUUGCUGCAGGAGUUGUCCUCUUUCUCAUCAUCACUGUGGCCGUCUGCUACGGCUACCGCUACUUCAGGAAGGGCCGAAGAGAAACCAUACAAACCCCCGCCCCAUGCUCCCAGAACAUUUAUGGGAACGCUGCCUACAGCCGUGACAACUUUGACAACGCUACUGCACCGUCAACAGGCAAUGUAGUACUGCAGAAAGAGUUAAAGACAGAAGAGCAUGAUGUAGAGAAAGACUAUGAGAUAGAGAAAGAAUAUGAGUUAGGGAAAGACCACGAGUUAGAGAAAGACCAUGAAUAUGAUGAGCCCAGUCAUUACUAGGGGCUCAAGCCUUGUGUUAAUGAGUAUGGAGAUCAAGGUCCACUAGACAAGUGAAUUUGCUAAGCUCUCGCUUCUAAGGGAUCUACACAUGUACAUGCAUCUCAAUGACAUCAAGACAUAAUAUGGUAAGAGAGGAAAAGUGAAUUGUUGUGACAUACUGUAACAAGUAUGCAGAGAGAGUUUGGUGUAGAUACAUGUACAUGGCAGCACCUACAUUACCUAACAAAGACUGUUGGAUAG